AUGCAACGAAAUCCAUUUUAUGGAACUGAAUUGCAGAACCCGACACCGUUUAUACCAUACCACUUACCUUCGCAAAAUAUUGGACCAUCGUAUCCAGAAAUAAUAGGCGAGGGCGAAGUAACAUCGGUAGUUUUUCCUAAUGGCAGCAUUCAAUAUAUUUUCAUCCCAACUCAUAAACGUGAUCCCUGGUCAGCCUACGUUUACAAUCCCAAUUCAAUAAACUCAAACCGAAAUCAGACGAAUGAAGCGUGGUUUGUACGAAAUAUCCCGAAUCCUAUGCCUUACUGUUUUAGUCAAGAAUUUCAGAGGGCAUAUGGAGAUCCUUUCAUUACAAGCUGUUUUCCCUCUGAUUUUAACCCCAAUUUUUCGCCUUUAGGAUUUCAUAAUAAGUUUCAUAAUGACAAUUGGACAUCGACAACAGAUCUUCAUUAUUUUUAUCCUAACUUGCGAUAUUUGAAUCAACCAGAAAAGUCUACUGCUAGUGUUCAGAUUGAUACACCAGUAAGAAACACAGUCUGCCAUUACGAAGUUGUCUGCGGUAAGCCGUGCCACUGCGGGUCGUUGAAUGAAAAAGUGAAAUUUGCGAACGAAAAAAAUUCCGAUCAAGUUGAAUGCUGUAUGUCAGUUGAAGAAGUUAAAGACAGAGUUCAAUCUGAACAUUCACAUUCGAAAGUUGGCGCUAACAAAGUAAAAACACAGACAAGAGAUAACAGCUACUGUGAUUGUUCGUCCAACGCUCGCACUUCUGACAAAAUCAUCUCCACAUACAAUGAUCAGGCAAGUGGUUCUUUUGAAUCCUUGAAUAGAACUCAAGAAAGAAACAAAUCUACUGUAGGUAGUAAAAUAGAUUGCAAUUGCAAUAUUAAGAAGCAUAAAAAAGUAGUAAAAAAACCUGUAAGGAAUAAAUGCUCCCCAAUCAAAAUAACUGGCAUAUGUGAGAGUGGCUGCUGUUGCCGCGGUUCCAGCAUAACUACAGAAGAGGAGAUUUAA